AUGGCGAAUGGAGUUUGCUCGGGAAGUAUUUUUGCAGAGCUCAUACGAGGUCUUAAUCUCUGGUCCUCUGUCGUGUCUGUUGUUAGAUCCGAGGUUGAUCUUGAUUCGCGGCUCCAAGAAAUCUUUAGGGUUGAGAACGAUAUCUCAUCGUGGUGGAACAAGGUUCCUGUGGCCUUUAAGCUCGAUGCAUCUACUAUCUCGAUCAUACCGCGGAAGGAUUUACCCAAGAUCAUUCUCACUAACCUGACCUAUCAUCAGUCCCUCUGCGCACUUCACUCUUCCAUCGUUCCGCUCUUCUGCUGGUCGAAAGGUGACAGGACUUACUCAUCAGCCAGACAACUAUCCGCCCAAGUUGCCUUCGAUCAUGCUGGUGCAAUCUCCAGUCUUAUCUCCGCGAUAUUAACUACCGAUUAUCCGCUCAGUUCGAUGCCGAUAUUUGUCGCAUAUGCAGCUUACUCGAGUUGUGCUAUUCAGAUCCCUUUUCUCUGGUGUUCCGAGAUAUCAGUUAGAGAGCGAGCUCAAUCCAACAUCGACGCCAACGUCAAGAUCAUACAGGGUAUGUCGAGUUACUGGAAACUAGCUUCAUUACUGCAACUCUACGUGCGCUGCCUUUAUGACGCUCAUAAACGCAACCCGCCAGUAAUUUCUGGCGAACCAAAGUAUAUGGAUAUUUCGGCACUCGUUGACUUUGACGUUGAUGCAACUCUUGCGAAAUCGUCGAUUUUACAGUUUGCUGGGAUGUUGCGAUCUGAUGAGGAUGGAUAUGUCAAAGCUGGAAAUGAGACCUCAGAUCCCACCGUCCCCAAAGGUGGCGACGCGUCGUCUGAUCGUCAAACUCCAGAUCGCACGGCGAAUACGAGCGACCCGAACACGAUACUCCCGCCAACUCCGACCCAAUUUUGCUCAGGGCCCAGCGAAUGGCCAGCCUUGGACAUAUUCAACUCCCUCAUCGAUGCUGAUAUGGCUGGUCUUUUCUCCAUCGACGACAAUUUCGAUUUAUCGUUCUUAGAUGCAGAUCAAAACUCCUGGGACUUUGGCGUCGAUCUGGAAAUACCCUAG